AUGACUCAAGAUAUUUUUAACAACGAUGCUCUCAUAGAACAGUCAUUAGUGUUGUUUAAGAAUUGGCUAGCAAAACAUCCGUUUGUAAAAUAUAAUGGAAAAGAUAACAUCGACGAAAUUUUAUUGUUCUUUUUGCGUGUCAGAAAAUUUGCGAUGGAUCGCGCAUAUGAAUGCUUUGAGCAGUCACUUAUUUUUAUAAAAUCACAUCCUGAAUGGUAUGAAAAUCCAGGUCCAAAAGAUUAUGAAUUUACAACAAAUCAAAGUUCACCAUUAAUGUUUGUGAGGAACAAGGAUGCACAUGGACGUGCAAUUUGGAUUUACAGACUGAAAAAUUUUAAAAAUUUUGACAAAAAUGAAUUUUUUCCGAAUAUUUUUUUGACGCCACUUUUUGUGGUUUUUGAGAAGGAAACGCAAAUUAAUGGACUUGUUAUCAUAAUCGAUUUUCGGGAUAUGGAUUUGAGCAGCUUUAAGAAACUUCCAAUGAGUUGCAUUUAUGAUUGCUUUAAACUAUCAAAAAAUAGCUCAGUGAGGACCAAGCAAUUUAAUCUAAUUGGAAUGCCUUCAUUUUUUAAGCCCGUCUUUGAAUUUGGAAAAAGCUUUACAUCUGCAAAAAUUUUAACAAGAAUAAAUCUCCUUCAAAAUACUGAAGAAUUGUCAAAAGUGAUGGAUGUGUCUAUCUUACCUAAAGAUUAUGGCGGAUCUGCAAAUGAACUUUUGGACUGCAAAACAUUCGAGACGGGAAUCAAUUUUGUGAAAACAUUUCAAAAGCUUGAAGUGGAUUUUAACAAAAUUCAAGAGUUUGAAGGUGUUGGAAGUUUUAGGAAAUUAGAAAUUGAUUGA